AUGCCCAAUAGAUGGAGACUGGCGGUGCUGGCGGCCCUUGUAGGGUCGUCGCAGGCGCAGUUGGCUCAGAACGGUACUUCCAUAUGCAGCUGGGGACAGCUCAGAGCAAACGUCGUCAGCGACACCGUCUAUCUGGAUGGAGGCGAACUGUACAAGGAGAUAGCUGUUUCCAACGGCGACACGACACUGGAUAACGACGGAAAUCCGGACUCCAUAACAUACUACCUAAAUCUCUCAUCGACCUUCAACACCAAAACCGACGAUCUCACCGCACUGUUUGGCGAGCUCCAGAAGACCGGUGACAUAGAAGGUAGCAACCUGGCUCCCAACUACAACGAUGGAGUCAUGUUCGCCAACGACGGCAUGUUCAUUCUUUAUGGCGGCUAUCUUCAGCCGUCAAACAGCGCGAGCUACCCACCGUCAGGCCAAACCAUUGCAUACGAGAAGUACCAAUACGGGCCCGAGAUCAGCGAUUUCUCGCCCAGGAUCAAACAGAUCGAAAUGGACGAUGUGAGCUGGCACAUCACCAACGGCGCCGGCGUCUCGUCGCCCAGCGAGUACCUGGGCUUCUACAUUAGCGGCGUCCAUGCGCCGGGCUGGGGCGAAACAUUGGACAACGGUAACUCGACAGAGCUCUCCCACCAAAUGAUCACCGUGGACACGUCCAAGAUGUUGGACCCCAAGUUCUCCAACGCCUCCAUUCCCAGCUAUGUCAAGCCACGCACAAAUGCAGAGGCCGUGUGGCUUCCGGUCGCGGACAGGGGAAUCGUCGUCCUUAUCGGCGGUGUCACUUACCCUGAAAUAUUCUACUCUAAGGGACUCUCUCCCGAUCAGGUAGACGAAAGCGAAGAAAACGAUCCAGCUUUCAUGCGUACUGUCUCCAUAUACGAUAUCGAGGGAGACAAUUGGUACAUCCAAAACACCACCGGCGAUUUCCCACCGCAGCUCGCCUCAUUCUGCUCCGUGUACGCCAGUGCCCCAGACGGCUCCUCCCAAAAUAUCUACAUCUAUGGCGGAUUCGACGGCGUAUCACGGCAAAACGAUACAACGGACGACGUAUAUGUGCUCUCACUGCCGUCCUUCGAAUGGAUCAAGCUCUAUGACGGCGACAGCGAUAGUGGUCGCAAGCAACAUAAGUGCGUCAAACCGUAUCCCGACAAGAUGCUUGUGCUGGGAGGCCGCCAAGUCGCGCUCUGGCCCUGUAUUGAACCCAUCCGCGUGUUUAAUUUGAAUACGGGGCGUUUCCAGGAUACGUAUGACCCGGAGGACUGGGAGGAGUAUAAAGUGCCUGAUUUGGUUUCUGGCCGGAUUGGGGGGAAUGCCGACGGCGGCGCAACAAAGACUGAGCCUGAGACUUGGAUUAACAGCACCCUCGCCGACGUCUUCGAGAAGAAAUACAGCAAGACUAUCGAAACUCAUUACCCCUACGAAAGCAGCGCAACCCCAACGACUACAUCUGUCUCCGGGGGCGGCGGCGGCGGUUUCCCACGCUGGGCAGGCGCAGUCAUCGGCGUCGUCCUCGGGGUGCUUCUAAUAGCUGGCGUACUCGCAUUCUUCUUCAUUCGACGCCGCAGAAAGAGAGGCGCACGCCGCCAGAGCGAAGUGUCCGGUAUUACAUCCCGCGUCGCGAACUGGGUAAAUGCCGGCGCAUUCGGACCUGCGUCGAAGGAUCCUGAGAACUCCACCAUCGUGUCGGGCGACAUUACGAGCGGCAGCACGGCUGUUGGACAUGAGUCGUUGGUUAAUGCUCCUCCUAUGGCUCAGGCUACGCAGGAGGUCGCGGGUGAUCCUGUUUAUGAAAUGCAGGGCAAUACCUCCACUGCUGCACAGCAGGCUGCUUUUGCUGUUGAGCUGCCUACUCCUUUCAACCAGGAUACGGCGAAUCCAGUCUCGCCGUCUGCGACGCUUCCUGUCGGGUAUACCUCGCCUGUUUCGCCGGAGGUGCCGCAGGAGAAAGACGGCGACGAAACCUCACGACCGGGACACCAGCGGAACGUGUCUAGUUUAUCUAGCGUACCGUCGUAUGAUCCAGCGCUAGGCGAGGAGUCGGACAGUGUCGCGCAACGGCCGCGUUAUGUGUCUGGAGUGUCGGAGGCGAGUGUCAGUUCUGCGGGGACGAGGGCUGAAGGGACUAGCACGGCGUUCAGUAACAGGGGGCUUGGGCUGGAGGAUAUUCCCGAUGAGGACCACCGUGAGCGGUGA